GAGGUUAGAACAUCAGCUGAUUUUCAUUGCGAGAUCAGCUGAUUGUGAUUGCGUGAACAGCUGAUUGUGUUUGCGUGAACAGCUGAUUGUGUUUACGCUGUAUAAGAAGUGUCCGGAAGACUGGCUGGCACUUGCAUGGUACUCGAGGGAGCACUCGAAUCCUUGCAGCAACAAUGGCAUCUCUGGCACCAGGUCAGCGCUACGACUUGGUUGUAUUCGGUGCAACGGGGUUCACUGGCCAGUAUGUUGUUGAGGAGGUAGCAAGGGUGGCAGAGAAAGAGAGAACAGAGAGGAAGACACCUCUUACCUGGGCCAUAGCAGGGCGCUCUGAGAAGAAACUGCAGUGUUCCCUUGCCGAAGCUCAGAAGGAAUUGGGUUUGAGCUUGGAUGAUGUCGGCAUUAUUUUGGCUGAUGUUAAAGACAAUGACUCACUGAAAGAGAUGGCUGCAAAGUCAUCAGUUGUUAUCAACUGUGUUGGUCCAUAUCAGUUAUUUGGUGAGCCAGUUAUACAAGCAUGCAUAGAAAAUGGUGCGAGUCAUGUGGACAUCUCAGGAGAACCUCAGUUUCUGGAGGGCAUGCAAGCAAAAUACCACAAGGCAGCUGAGGAAGCAGGGGUCCAUAUUGUUGGUGCCUGUGGAUAUGAUUCUAUACCUGCUGAAAUGGGUCUAGUGCAUAUGAUCAAGAACUUCAAAGGAGAACUUAAUUCAGCACAGAUGUUUGUUAGAACUAAGAGCUCCAAAGCUACGUCAAUACAUACUGGAACAAUGGAAUCUGCUGCUCUAGCUGUUGCUAACCGAAGUGAAGUUGUAAGAAUACGCAGAGAGCUUUUCCCGACUCCUCUGCCGAAACCCAAGCACAAGGUUAAGAAGAAGGGAGUACUUCACAAAAAUGAUAAAUUGGGACUGUGGGGAGUGCCACUGCCAACAGAUGAGCCUGUUGUGUACCGCACACAGAGGUACCGUUAUGAAGUACUUGGUCAGCGGCCUUUGCAGUUCCAGCAGUUCAUCGGUGUCCGCAGUCUCUUCCAAGGAGUGGGACUUCUCUUAGGCAUGGCAUACUUUUCUUUCCUUUGUUUCUUCAGCUGGACCAGGAAGCUACUUUUAAAGUACCCUGAAGUUAUGACAGCAGGCAUAUUCAGCCGUGCAGGAUCAGACCGUGAGUCACUGAAAGCUCUUAGAUUCACAGCCACUCUCGUAGGCCAUGGCUGGUCACAAUCGCUAGUGGAUGGAUCAGAUCAUCUUACAGAGCCUCCAAAUGCUUCAAUUAAAGUUAAGGUAUCGGGACCAGACCCAGGCUAUGGGGCAACAUCGCUCAUGAUGGUUGCUUGUGCCAUGUCCAUUUUGCGGGAAAAAAGCUCCAUUCCGGGCAAAGGUGGAGUUUUGACUCCAGGAGUCGCCUUCAUGAAUACAGACCUUAUCAAGCGUAUUGAAGACCAAGGUAUGACUGUUGAAGUCGUAGAAUGAGUCAGGUGGAUGAAAAAGGAAAAUGUUUGUGUCAGUUUUUGUGUUAAUACUGCAGGGUUAGGAUUCUCUUUAUUUUAUUUGUGGUGCAUGCUCUUUUGACUCUCUAAGAUGGAACUUCUCAUUAGUAUUUUGUGAAAACCUUUCAACCUUGUUACAGAGGUUGAGAGGAUAGCAUUCCUAGUCUGAGCAUUCAUUCCUUUCUCUAUCAUUUGAGGAAUAUGCCAAAACCAAGCUCCCUUGAAAGUUCAAAACUAGGAUCUAACUAACAGUCUAAACUCUACAGAUUUUGAUCCCUCAGGCAUGAUUUUGAUGUGGAGAGACAUCAAUAGAAUACAAGAUAUCUAGUGGAGUAUAAAAUAAUGUAGAUAACAUUUGUUGGUUUUAGUGUGUGAUCCAUCAGACCUUGCUACAUUUUUAUUAACCAGUGGCUAUCAACUAUCUCUUGCCAUUCUUUUAAGCUUAUAGGUAUUCUAAAAUAACAAGCAGAAGGUGUCAAUGACUAUUCAGUACAGAAAUCCUGAAGACUAUAAAUUUAGGGACUUAUCUCUAUAAGCUAUCUGAAAAAAAGUCUUUGACACCAAAAUAUGCAAAAGUCAAAAUAACAGGCGGACAUGUAGCUAUAUAAUAAAUUGAUAAGGGGCUUAGACAGUGCCUGUAUCUACACAGAAGAUAACCACUACCAUAAAUGCUUAUUGAAUAUUAGUUAUUGGAUUGGUAUGUUAUCUUAUCCUAGGAAUUAUUCACUCAGGUACAGUUUUUUUUAUGGAAUCCCAUAAGUUUAAUGGACUAAUAGGGAGAAAGUAGUAAAACCUACAUUGAAAUGUAAAUGUAAUCUGGAUGUUAAUUUUUUAAUGUUUAUGAUACCGAAAUGCUUUUGUUCCUUAAUUAGUCUUUAUUCAAUGUCAGAGGCAAAGGGGAAUACUCAAUUUAGACGAGAAAUAUGUAGAAAAGGAGGCAAGAAAUUCCAAAGUAAGUAAGAACCUGUUAAGAGUCAAAAUAGGUCUGUUACUUUGACAGCACGAAGGCCCGUUAAGGGUAUACUAUUAUCAACUUUUCCAUUGUCUUUCAUAAUCAAAUGAACAAUGUAUGUACGUGCAUGUGCACAAACUGAUCAAUACAAACUACCAGAGCAAAUGUUGCAGAACUUUAAGAUUGUUUCCGGUGUUACAAGCAAAAGUAAAAUAGAAAGUAUGGAACUGAAAUAUAUGUAUGGAAGAACUAAUUAAUGUAUUUCUUACUUGUAACUAACUUUAUUUUGGUUGGAUAUAUGUUUCUAUGCUUAAUAUGUCGUGUAUGUAUAUAUAUAUAUAUAUAUAUAUAUAUAUAUAUAUAUAUAUAUAUAUAUUUAAAUGAAAAACAUAAAAUUAAACAAGUAUAA